AUGGACUUCAAUGAGCAAGAGAAGAUUUAUUUGAAAUUUCAACUUCGGCAUUUUAAUAUUGACGCUCGUCAAGCAUCAAGUUUGAAUAAUUUGUCGACUAUUCAAGAGUUAUGUUCACCUUUGGUUGCAACUAAAAAGAAGGAAAUUUAUUAUUUGAUCGAUAGACUGCUCCGCCUUAUCAUGACUUUUCCUGUAUCUACAACUACUACGAAAAGAUCUUUUUCGGAAAUGAAAAUUAUCAAGACAAGAUUGAGAAACAAAAUGGAAGCUGAUUUUCUAAGAGAUAGCAUGACGGUUAAUAUUGAUGGUUUCAAGCUACUCAAAAACCGUAGACCAUUAUUUUAA